UGAGAAUUUUCAUUGUCAAACAGACAAAUGGAUAGAUAAAAGCUCUCAAAGCUGAAAACUAUCCUCGCCUCCCCUAUAUAUAGUUCCAUCUCCUUCCCUUAAUCCAUCACAUCGCAAGAGAAAGGAAAGAUGACAGAUGUUUGCCCUGAUGCGGGAAAGAGCUCGUGGCCGGAGCUAGUGGGAAUAAACGGAGAAGUGGCAGCAAAAAUCAUCGUAAGAGAGAAUCCCAAGGUUCGUGCUGGGAUUGUGAAGGAAGGAAUGAUGGUGACCAUGGAUUUCCGUUGCGACAGGGUCCGAGUUUGGGUUGAUAAAUAUGGAAUUGUGAAAGAUAUUCCACAAAUUGGUUGAUCAGCAGACGAAAUAUUUUGUUGUUUAAGCUAUACUGAUAUAUACGUGUAAGAUUCAUCAUGAAGAUUGUACCAAAUAACCAGCAUAUGUAAUCAUGCUAAUUAAAUAAAUUAAUCUUCAAUAAAAUGGUUCGUUUUUUGUAA